AUGGCAGCCAUGGAAGAAGUUGCUGUGCAUGGGUCAAACAAGCAGCCCCGUCGCUUCUACGAGAUCGAUCCACUGGGAAACAGAGUUAGAGCCGCCGUGGAACAGCAGCUGUUUCUUCACAUGUGGCAGCAGCAAAGCAUACGGGUACAAAUGGCACUCAGGCGACGCUGCGACUUACGUUGGGAAUCUGCCUCUGCCUUCUGCAUUCUGUAUGAAGCGUGGUUUCUGCUCCGAGCUCCUCAACGCAUGGCAGUACUUUGGGAUAUUAGCUUGCUGGAUCUCGAGUUCUGUUCGGCCAUGGCGGCCCUUCGGUUUAGUUUUCCCACGGGGAUUGUUUUGGGGAUCAUUCUGUGUAGCCUGCCGCGACACUUGCUACCCUGGCUGUGCAGCAUCGACCCACAGGUGUUCGUCCGAGCCAACCUGCGACCACCAGAUGUGAUUCAGUGCCCUUGUCAUGUUCACCAGGGCGCAGUGAUACUCAUGGUAGCAUGUAGGUGCCUCAGCUGCUUACCUCGACGAUUGUUUCGACAUUUUCCGAAGGCACAGCCGGCUCCAGGAUGCCCUAGCAACCCUGCAGCCAAGGGCAACAUGGCCAGGGAGAACGGCGAGCCAGUUGGCACAAGAGGCGGCGCUGGCUCUGGCUCCGAUGAGUCCGACUUCCAGGUGGCGAGCUCCGGAUCGGGCUCGGUGCACGGCCUCGUGCAGUGGCAACACGAGGAGAUGAACCUCUCGAGUCGCCUCUCCCAGGCUGUUGCUCAGGUCUGGGGUGAAGCUGGCCGCAGUACUCGGAUGGCACUGACCAUUGUGGAGCCCGGGGCGGAAGCGGCGCAGCAGUUGUCCAUCAGGAUCUCCAGAAUGCGACCGGAUGAGGCAUUCCACCCGUGGACGGUGGUACUUGCCGAUGAUGCCGAGGACUUGGAGCUCAUCGAGUCGGAGGCCCCACUGGGGGGUCGCCUCUCACCAGCUGAGGCUAGGACGGUUGCUGAUGUCCUCAGGGCAGAUGGCGUGCUCGCUGCACUGGAUGCCAUGUCAGAUUCCGAGGGGGCCACAACCACGUGCGGCCCAGAUCGAUCUGCCGAUAGGCUGUCCACUAUCUCAGCGGCGUCUACGGCACCGCCUGAUCCAGGACUGCUCUCAGGACUUGCAGGCUCCGCUACCACUGGCUCCGCUACCACGGCCCCUACACUCACGGCCACAGUGGUCAUGACACAUGGGGAGCCGAGCACCAUGAUGCACAGCACCGCCACUCCCAAGCCGAAGAGCAAACGGAAGGCCACGGCCAACCGCAAGCGAGGGCCCCAGUCACUACGGUCCAUGAUCUGCCGUGUUCGCAUUGGGUUUCUCACCCUUUCGGUUCCUUGUGGUUUAGACCUCACCUUCCCACCCGCUCUCUUGACCCCAGGCGCCGCCGGGACUCCAUGGUUGGAUCUACUCCAGCAGCUGCCCUUGGUGAUCAGGUCAGUCACACUGGAUGCAGAGGCCACCUCUUGGCCCAAGAGGCUCACGAAUCAGCCGACAGGUCGGGCACACGCAGAGCUCUCCCGUACGCCCUCAAACUUCCGUGUUGUACAGGCCUUGGUGCACCUUCUCGUCUUCAUUGCGGGUUUCUACCUCAGCACGUCGACCUACCUUCACGGAGCCCUUCAGCUGGGAAGCAUGUGUGUCUUCCACCUGAGGGCCAACCUGGCACGACCUCCCGCACGACAGCCCGCUCCAGCACACAGCCGUCUGGGUCCCAAGUCCCAGAGCCGCCGCUAUGGUCAAUGGUGUAGAGCACUACUUCAGGUUCUGUGUCUCAUCUACCUUCCCACUUUAAGCACAGCAACUAGGGCGGCAGAUGCGAGGGUUGGACUCCCCACACACCAAGGGAGUCCGGGAGCACCAUCCAUUGCUCAUAUCUCGCACGAGGAGGCGAAGCGUGGUGAUCUCAGCCACGGCAGCUCCUCUCUUCAUGUUUCAUCCAGGGCGACUCCGAAGAAGAGGGCCUUGCAGCGAGCCAUCACCAGGGCGUCCAGGAACGCCGAUCUCCAUACGUGGUACAGAGGACGCCGAGAAGUACUACAGUGGCUCUGCCGAGAAGAUCAGGCCAACAGACCGGUCGAUGUUAUGUGUAUCGUCGAAACAGCCUGGCGUGAGGACUCUGAGUUCACGACUAGAAGAGACCCCAACCUGCCGAAGGCUCCACAAUGGCAUGCUGUCCAUACUGGCAGCAAAGAGAAAGCCGGAGUCCUAUGUCUCAUUCGGGCCUCACUGCUUGGAGCUGAUGACAUUCGGUACAAUGUGCUUCAGGCUGGUCGCUUGUUGCACAUCAGACUGCAGCUCCAGGUCCCGCUCGACAUUCUUUGUGUCUAUCAGAUCGCAUGGAACCCCAGCCGGGCAUCAUUGGCCCCGUCCCACAAGGCCGAGCAGCUGGUGCAGCAACGUGACAAGCUGUGGCGGAAGAUGUCGCAAUGGGCGGCUACCAUCCCGCUCAGGCACGGCUUUCUCAUGCUGGGCGAUUUUAAUACGCCUCUCCAACAGGAGCUUCCAUACUGCGGCCCAGGCCUCGCCUCGGCAAAGGAUCCCCCGCAAAAGGACCGUGAGACCUUCCAGACCUUGCUUCGACAAGUUGGAGGCCGGGCUCUGAAUACGUGGUCUACUUCGGGCUGUCCCGCACGAACCUACUUGCCCCCCUCUGCGGGCGCAGACACCCUAGGCACUCAGAUUGACUACAUCAUUGUCCGGGACAACAUGUGCGACCAGGAGGCCAGACGCACACGCCCCACUGAUGCGCGUUUUAUCCCACAUAGUGGGUGCAGGCAUCUUUUGGUCUCGGGCACCAUACCGGCCCCGCUGCUCCCAAAGGGCAAACCGGGCAGGCCGACUCGUGUUAUCCCCAACAAGGCCCAACGCAUGCUUGCUGAUCCAGACCAGGUGGCCACACUCUGGAGGGAGACUUCUCACCUUCAAGAAGAAGGCCAGCAUGACCCUCUACUUGACUUGGAUGCUGCUCUUGCCCACAGCUGGACACAGCUCGCCAGGGCAAAGGCGACACCAACACCUGAGGCUACCAGCACUGCCCUAGCUACCUUAGCUGCUGAUGAGAUGGCCACCACCCACCUAGUCAGGCAACUUUGGCUCAUCCGCGAUCGACUGAAGCAACAGGCCCGCUAUGUUGCUCAGGCCCAGCCGGAGGUGUUUCUCGUUAAUAUGUGGCAUGGCUGGAGACAGGUGAGUCUGUUGCAGAAAACUCAGCGUGAACUCCGCCGUCGAGGUCGACAGCGGAAAGUUGCACAGGUUGCGGCUGCUGUAGAAGCUGACAAUGUGUACCAGGCAGCCAAGCAGUUCGCACCCAAAGCUCGAAGACGGCGGCUUCAGCUGAGGACUAAGAGCGGAGCUGUCCAGACACAUGAAGAAGAGUUUCGGGACAUCCUUGCAUACUUCAGGAAGCUCUAUGGAGGGCCCACUCCAUCUCCGGACUACCUCAGCGAGGCUCUACACUUCAUGCCGGAGGAAAUCCAUAGGGCGAUCCGCCGACUUGCGCCAGGCAAAGCCAUGCCCAGCUCCUCUGCUCCUGCUGCAGUCUGGAAGGCCCUUCAGCUGAGGCUCGUACCUCUGGUGACACAGCAAUUCAAUCAUGUCUGCCAACCUGGCACUCUGAUCCUCCCGCGGGCGUGGUGUAUCAGUGAAUUGGUUCUUUUGCCAAAACCUGGGAAGGCCCUGACCAGCGUUGACCAAUUGAGGCCUAUUUGCCUCCUGGCUCCGAUGGCCAAACUACUGGCGGCAACCCUGGCAGACAGGUUGCGACCUCACGCCUCCAGCUACCUCACGGACAUCAGCCAAUUCGCAUACCUCCCGCACAGGUCUCUUCAGCAGGCUUUGGAAAGGGUGGCCUCCCACUGCUCUGAGGUGAAGGCCCUCCUGGCGAGUCACAGUCGGAACCCGUAUGCCGGCACUCAGACCAUCAAGCACCACCAGGUUGAAGGCGGCAUCAUGUUGUCGCUCGACAUCUCGAAGGCCUAUGAUUGUGUCAGUAGACAAAUGCUUCAUAGUGCCCUAAGCGACGCGGGAGUCCCGCAGGCCUUGACUGAUGUUAUCCUUGCGGUGCAUAAUCAGGCUUGCAUUCGAGUCUCACAUCACCAAUGUCAGCAGGAUGCACCAUUGCACACUGGACUAAGACAAGGAUGUGGACUAUCACCUGUGUUGUGGGCCCUGGUGUCCGGCUGGCUCCUUAAGCAGCUCCCUGGCAUGGAUUUCGCAGAGAAAGCCCGCUCCACCACAGUUUACGCGGACGACUUUUUGUUCAAGUGGAUCAUCAAGUCGGGCCGUGCCCUGGAGGAGGCCUACCGCAAAAUUCGUCAAGUCCUUGCACACCUCCGUGCCAACGGUCUUGAGGUCAGCACCGCCAAGACUGUCAUCCUGGUGGAGCUCCGUGGCCCAAAGGCCCAUCAAGCCCUUCGCAAAUACACAGUGCAAAUCAAGGAUGCCCUAUACAUGAGGUUCCAAAUCGAGGGUAAGCACGUUGACCUUAGGAUAGUGCAACAACAUGUAUAUCUGGGUGCGGUCAUCGGCUAUCGCCGCAUGGGUCCGGACACUCUGAAGCACAGAGUUGCAUUGGCCACAGGCCAGUUCAGUCGACUUCGCCCGAUCCUUCGCUGCAAGGCUGUUCCUCAAGCGUUGCGACUGCGACUCUGGCAUGCUUGCCUCCCAGCAUGCCUGCUCCACGGCCUCGACUGUACGGGGCUCACACCUACUGAGGCUGCACAUGUGUGCAGCAUGAUCACGCAGCAGGCUCGCACAGUGGCGCAAUCACAUAGCAUGUGGACACAUGAGACGAACCGUGAUUUCACACAGAGGCUGCAAAUUGUGCGACCUCUGGAAAGGCUUCACCAGGCCAUCUUGCACCGUCAGCGACUGGACCCUACCCUAGGCCCCCUCCUGCAACCAUCAGAGGCUCAGCUCCAAUGGCGUGCUGUUCUCCUCAGCCAAGUUCAACUGGCUGAGCCGAGCUUCUCUGAACUAGGGCCAGCUAGGGUUAUACCGGUAGACCAGGUUGUUGCUGAGGUGUUUGCCUGUCCGGAGUGUGGUCAGCAGUUUAGCUCCCAGGCUACCAUGAAACGCCACGUGUACUUACAGCACCUAGCUGCUGAAGCCAAACAGGACAGGCAACACGAGGUUAAGCAACAUGCGCGGACUUCGCAUAUGGAACAUGCCAAGAACGGCCUCCCUUGGUGCAAGCACUGUGACAAGCAAUUUCAGAAUUGGCCGAAUUUCCAUUAUCACAUUAAUUCUCAGAGCUGCCCCACCCUACGUCAAAUCUACUCUUCUGCACAGCCGGGGGACACUUUGGCGACGCUCUCUGAAGCCCUGAUUGGAAAUUCGACCAUCGUUGAUCUGGCUGGCCACGGUAGCUGGCUUGACCUUGCGGCCCAUGAAGAAGUUCGGAGAUGCCUUCAUCAUUGUGUCGAGUGCUUCCACCGUUCGAUCCGCCCGCAAUAUGUCAAGCGCCACAUGCUGGCAAAACAUCCUGAGCUGAAACCCCAAAUUGACCAGUGCGCAUUGUCAGUCCUUGCAGGUUCUGUGGCGAAAUUUUCAGUCGCAGAGACGCACAUCUCCGAUCGUGUGUCGCCCUCUUCCACGGAGCCUUCUUGUUCACCAGGCUUGCUCGAGGUAGGCCACUUGGCGAACCUGAUCAUGACCCUCCCGCCUCUGCUAGAGGCAGCUAUGGUCCCGGAGACGGAUCAGCAACGACUCAAGGAGGCCACGGGGGAGCUUCGGAUGAUGGAGUCGCUGGCCCCCAAGGGCAGCGUUGGCCUGCCUUCCGUCCUGAGCCAAGGGGCCCCUCAGGAACCGCGCGAUGCCUCGAUGGGGAACGACCUUCAGGAGGAUGGCGAGCCCAAGCUGGACUCGGACCGACCACAGAAGUGGCAGCGACAAAGCAACAAAGGCUCGGGAGACCUAGGAAAAGGUCCCUCCCAACGACCACCACAGCGGACCUCAAGGCAGCCUUCAUCCAAGGGCAACGGCAAGGGCAAGCAACGCCAAGCUCCAUGGAGACAAGAUCAAGCCCAGGAGGAAUGGUACGAGGAGGAGACAUGGUCCACGAACCAUCGGGAGACCCAGUACCUUCAGUACCUCCGAUCACGGGUCGACCUCCUCACGACCCUUCUCCUUCGCCACGACAAUCAGCUCUCGAUCCUCAGGCUGGACAGCUCCUACAUGGUCUUCAUCCGGACGGACAUGGAGGGCAACUUGGCGAAGGCGCUCUACGACACGGGUGUGGCCUGGAAGGAGACCAAGGAGAAAUCACCGGAGAAACUGGAGUCGCCGAUGCGAGUGGUACUGUGCCAGGCCCUCCUCACGGCGGUGGCUUCACGUUUCGAGCAGCUGAUGAAUACCGAAGCCUCCAAAGCCACGGCCAUCAGUUUGGGUUGGAUCACGGCCGAUGCGACCAAGCUCAACCGGAUGAAGUGGGACUACGAGGCCAAGAAGCACGUGAUCGACACCGAGGGGACCCAGAUCGAGAUCAAGAAGGCCCUCGGCAUGGUCAUGGAGCUUGUGAUCUUGUGCAAGGAGCCCCUGGUGGUGAACCGCUUCCACGCGACGAGGCCGAUGACGAAGGAGGUGGAGUCGGCAACGCUGCCGAUGCUUCUGGACUUCGGAAUGAGAACCCCCUCAGCGAACAAAGCCUGGGGACUACUCAGGGAUCUCUGCGGGCCCCUUACCUCAACGACUGGCUUCGAUGCAGGCAAAGUCCACUUGGGGCAACAGGUCUUGAACUUGCGUUUGGGCAACGAGCACAACUACUGCUACGGGAAUGCUGUGCUGAGAGGGCUGCUCAGGUUGUCCUACGACAACGGGGGGCUCGCGGGAUUCUUUCCUCCCCUCCUUCAAACCAUCCUCAAUGGAGCUCUUCAUCAUAGGGGUGUGUAUCAUAUCUGGAAGAAUCCCUUUUGGCGAGCUAUCAUGAAGGGUUGGCAAAGGCCGACGGCACAACAUGAUGCUGCUGAAUUCCUGCAGCACCUUGUGGGGCAGUGCCCAAGUCUUGCGGAUGUGAUAGGGCUUACGUGGGCCUCGGUCGAGGGGGACUCCUCCGAGGAACAUCGAGAUGGGGGCUGUUUUGCCCCCCUACUUUUGCACCCGCCUGCAGACAGCGCACAGCUGGAGAGAGCCGGGACUACGGUUCAACAACUUGUUGAUCUUUGGCAUAGGCAGGACUGCAUUCAUGCUGCUUUGACGGGCCCUCCCAAUCUUGUUCUGCAGGCGAAUAGGUUCGUCUACGAUGCACAGUCCGGAGUCUCGCAGAAACAACACUAUUGUAUCGGUUUGGAUCGCAGUAUUCGAUUACCUGUGUAUGCUCAGGGCGGAGACUUUGGACAUGUGAUCUAUGAUCUCUGUGCAGUAGCGUACCACCUAGGAGAGUCAACGGUGUGUGGCCACUACAAGACCCUUGUGCUCCUUAACAACGACUCUUACAUAGCUGAUGAUAAUCAAGCGGCGCAGCGAGCUAACACUGCUGAUCUUGAGGAGUGCGGUAAGAAUGCCUACCUCUUCUUUUACACCCGCUCGCCGUAG